UUAAUUUCAGCCAAAGUGAUACUUUUACUGGUGCUGGGUAGCGCAAUUGCUUCCCAAGAAGUUGAUGAUGCAGCGGAUACUCUCACCCGAGUAAUCGCUAGAUCAAAGAAUGCAAUAUUUGAAAUUAAUAUUAAAAACAACCAAGUGGUGCUUAAUUCUACCAAGAAUGAUGGUUCUCAAAUGCGCAUCGAGCUGUUUAUUGACGAACCAACGCUGUCAAGCAAACCAUUGAGCUUAAAAGCGUGCUCCCAGUUUUCAACCUGCAUUUCCAGCGGCAAUGAAACACACACUAAAAUCAAAGUGGUGCCGACUCUGGAGUUUGUAACCAUCAGUCGUUUCUUGCCAACACCCAGGGGCCGCUUAACAGAUUGCAUUUCUCUGAGAGAUGACACUCAAUGGAUUGGAGGUCCGCAGCACAGAUACCAGCAUUGGCCGGUGCAGCACAAGUACUUUGAAGAAGAGCCAUACAUUCCAAGCCAUCCAACUAAUAUGGGUAUUGCGGAGAGAUACUGGCUGUCGAGCAGAGGCUUUUCUGUCAGAGUGUUCAACUAUGUUCCGCUCUUUGUUGACCAAAACAAUAUUAAGGACAAGUACUUGUGCUUUAUUGCCGAAAACAAGGCGCCUUACUCUGACAAUAGCUCACUGACCCUGGCAUAUGAAAUUGCUUGGCAAAACAAUUCGAGACUGGCUCAUGAAUCCGUGGUGACUCGUCAUUUUGGAAGACCUUCGGGAUAUCCGGAUGUAAGAAUGAUCCAGCACCCCAUUUGGUCCACCUGGGCCCGCUAUAAGGUCAACGUCAGUGAAAAGGUCGUGACUACUUUCGCUGAUGAGAUUUUGAAAAAUAAAUUUAAUAAUAGUCAGCUUGAAAUUGACGACAAUUGGGAAACCUGUUACGGCUCAGCAGUUUUUGAUCCCGUUAAAUUUCCCAAUGUUACGCGACUGACCCAGUCGCUUAAAAAGAAAGGAUUCCGGGUGACUUUGUGGAUUCAUCCGUUUAUUAACAAAAAUUGUAACCCAGCUUACUCGGAAGCUUUGAAAAAUGGAUACUUUGUUAAAAGUAAGAGUGGAAAUGUUCUGAUGGAUUGGUGGCAAAGUACAAACAACGGAGCGUCAACGAUCGACUUUACAAAUCCAAAAGCCGUUACUUGGUGGGUCGCAAGAUUAAAAGCAUUGCAAAAGCUCGGAAUUGACAGCUUCAAAUUCGAUGCUGGUGAAGGUUCCUGGUUACCACAGAUCGCAAACUUGACCGGCCCAAUUGAACUAAAUCCUGGUAUGUUCACGAAGAAGUAUAUCAAUGCACUGGCUGCGAACUUUGAUAGAGUUAUCGAAGCUCGAGUCGGCUGGGGAACCCAAGAUCUUCCUAUUUUCAUUCGCAUGAUCGACAAAGACUCUCGAUGGACUUGGAACAAUGGAUUGCCGACGUUGAUAACAACUCUCUUUCAAAUGAACAUGGCUGGGUAUGGAAUGGUCCUUCCUGACAUGAUUGGUGGUAAUGGAUACUUGAAUGGAAUGUUGAAUGGUACAGUACUUCCCUCGAAGGAAUUGUUCAUCAGGUGGCUUCAGUGCAAUGUCUUUAUGCCCUCAUUACAAUAUUCUUUCGUGCCUUGGGACUAUGAUGCUAAAACGAUUAAUAUCUCCAGAAAGUUCACAGACUUGCAUGCUAAAACAACACCGAGUAUUGUAAAAGCUAUGCAAGCUGCUGUUAAAACUGGAGCUCCAGUAAAUUCUCCCAUAUGGUGGGUUGAUCCUGAUAAUCAAGAAGCUCACAAAAUUAAUGAUGAAUACCUCCUGGGAGAAGAAAUUCUUGUAGCUCCAGUAAUCACAGAAAAUACGAUAGCCCGUGAUAUAUACCUACCAAAAGGAAAUUGGAAAGACGGAAAUAACAACCGAACAUACAGAGGACCAAUGUGGAUCAAAGACUACCCGGCGCCAAUUGAUGUUCUACCGUACUUCACAAAGUCAGCUUCGAUA